AUGUCGCUCGAUACCGGAGCGCUCUUCAGCCGCCAACAAAGCGCCGAUGCCGCUGCCCUUGCCGCCGCGGUCGCUGCUUCUUCUGCCAUGCGUCAUUCCGACUACGUUUUCAAUGCCACGUCGGACGACGACGACGAGGAGGAGACGAUCUCGCCGUUUCAGGCUACCAACCGUGUCGCGUCGCGACGCGCGUCCCUCUCCGACGCGGCAUCCGCUAGAUCCGCCGCCGCGUCGCUGGCCGAAGCGCGCCAGCUCUGGCAAGAUGAGACGACCAUGCGCCGUCACUCCCAGCCGAUGCGCGUAAACUCACUCAAUAGUCUUAUAAGUAUUCAUGGCGAUCAUGGCGGUGCGUUCAACGGCUACGGCGCCGAAGCAGGCCAGCUGAGUCCAGUCCCCCAGUUUGAGCGCCAGCUGUCGUGCGGCCGCUCCUGCGGAGGCUGCACGAGCGGGGCUGGAAGCAUGCGCUCGUCCCGCUGCCCCUCGCCGGCUCCGCCAGUCCGAUCCGCUUCCGCCGCCGCUUUCCCCGACUUCGAGGGCGGCGACAUCGCCAGAGGCUGCGCCCUGGAUUCCGCCGAUGGCGCAACCGGCGGAAGGAGCAAGCGGCGCGCGCUGCACCGCGGCGCAGGCAGUGCGCAAGAUGGAUCUGCACGGUCCGCUUUUCCGGAUUAUGACGCUUCGGCGGCGGCGGCGGCAUGUGGGCUCGUCCCGUCACCGUCGCCGCCUCCGCCGGGGUUGGCGCAAUGGCAGCAGCAGCAGUCCUUUUCAAGAUCUGCCACCUACAGCCGCAGCGAUUCCCGCGAAAUCGACUUCCAGCGCGACCCGCGGCCUGCGCCGCGCGCGCGGUGCCCCUCCGCGCCGUCGACGCCCGUCCGCCGAACGAGUCUGGACCGCCGCGCAAUGAGGGCGGGGCUUCCGCACCCCGCGGACGCGUCCGUCGCCGUGGCGUCGCUCCGCGUCCGGAGCCCAACGGCAGGUGCUCGGAGCCUGUUCACAGCGAUCGACUCGGACUGCGAAAGCCAAUGCGACGAUGGGGAGAUCGCUGACGAGGAGGGGAGCGUGAAGUCGGGUUGCUCGUUGCCUUCGCCACAGGAUGCGGCAGCGGCGGAAGAGAGGCGGAGGGAGAGAGAGAAGCGGGAAUGGAUGAUGAUGCAGCGGCAGAUGAUGCGUCAGGAGCACAUGCAGCACCAGCAGCAGCGGCAGCAGCAGCGGCAGCAGCAGCGGCAGCAGCAGCAGCAGCAGAUGCAGUAUCAUCAGAUGCAGCUGCAGAUGUUUCCCCAGCAAAGAGCGUCCUCUCCUAGACUCCACCAGCAGUACCACAACCAGCAGCAGCAACAACCCCGUCUUUCCCGCCGGCUUGCCAACUCAGCAUCCGGUCGCCCUGGGGCUGCACCAGGCUCGCUAAAGAGCAGCGAGAUGACAAGGGAUGGAGGUCUUAUUACAGAGGAGUCAAGAAGCCAAUCUUGUGCAUCGCUCAGCAACUUGAGUGCGGAGUUUGUUGUGCCACCGCAGUCGUCUGGCAUGUCUUCUUGGGGUUCUUAUCCCAACUUAGAGUCCUUUGGGGAAUCCUUGUCACCUGAAGGCUCCUCCUUGGCAGCCAACUCCCCUAGACAGCAGAUUUAA